AUGUACUGGGAGGAGAUAUGUCCCUUUAGAUGCCCAGAACUAAUCAAUCUCGCCCUAGAUAAUCGCCUCAAUGCAGUAAAGCGCCACAAGCUAUGCAUUAAUUGCCUUGGCAGGGGUCAUCUUGUAGCCAACUGCCCGUCGACGCGGAGGUGCCACUCAUGUGCACUACCGCAUCACUCGCUGCUUCAUCGGCCAUCGCCAGGAUCGGCCGCAGCUCCCUUGCCACUCCCUCAAGCGGAGCCUGUACAAGUUUCGGACGCAGUCGCGCAUACUCACACGGAGUCUCGUUCCGACUGUGUCAUUCUGGCCACGGCACUGAUUCUGGUCAAGGAUGCAUCUGGAAGCUACAAAAUAGGAAGAGCGCUUCUGGAUUCAUGUUCUCAGGUGAAUUUCAUAUCCGAGGAGUUUGCCCAAAGACUUCGACUGCCACGGAGCAAGCUCAACCUCGAGAUUCGUGGCAUUGGUGAGACACAAACGCGAAUUAAACACUAUGCAACCAUUAAUAUCAAGUGGAGGCACAAUGGAUUCGAGUUGCUCCUUGAUUUUUGCGUGACAUCCCACAUCGCCUAUCAUCCAGAAUCGGAAAUUGACAUUUCUGCGUGGAACCUUCCGCAGCACUCAUCUCUUGCUGACGAGAGCUUCAACAAGUCUCGUCGGAUCGAUCUGCUUUUGGGGACGGAAACCUUCUUCGAUAUAUUGGCAAUCGGCCAAGUUAAAUUAGGAAAGGAUCUGCCCGUACUACAAAAAACACUACUUGGAUGGAUAGUGUCUGGUCGAUGUCGAGCUCAUCCCAGAACACUCCAUCAGUACUCAUCUAUCGCAUUAACAGAAAUUGACCAAAAAAUGGAACGGCUAUGGCGCAUCGAUCAUGUGGAGCCUCCUGAGAUCACACUUACGCCAGAGCAGCGAAACUGUGAGGAGUUCUACACCAAAACGGUACGACGUAAUUCAGAUGGUCGAUUGGAAGUACGACUUCCAUUUAAAGAUGAACCUACCGUUCUCGGAGCCUCAUUCGACAUUGCCAAAAGGAGAUUCCUCUCCCUCGAACGCAGCCUAUGCAAAAGGGACACAUGA